AUGCUUGAUUUCAUGGACUAUAUACAACUCGCCUUUGCGGAGGGGACGCAACGUAAUUGCGACAACUCGUACUCGUCGCUCACAGCGACGACGCAGAACCUCCUCGACUUCACAACACCCGAACGUGUCCGGAUACACCUAUCUUCUCUAUCGACACCCAACUUCGCGACGAGUUAUACACUCGGUACCGUCGGGCUAAUCGAGGGCUCCAUUUCAUACCUAUACAGCAAUAUAUCAUUCGACAAUACGCCAAGUAAAAGCGCUCUAAUUCCCCUCCGCAAGCUUGCUCCUGGCUAUAGACAAGUACAAGCGCCCAUCGCGCCCCCGAGCUCAAAGGGCCAGAAGGCGACGCUACUUCAUGCAACUUUGCAUCUGCCGCCACCAACGACUCUCAACGCGCUUUUCUUGCGACGCAUUUCGCCGACUAUGCAGCUCUCACUUGCCGUCUCCUCAACAAGGGGACCUCCAUUAUCAAAAUCCGCGCCACAGGCUACACUCCUGACCCAACUCACCCACGACACCGGAAAAUACAGUAAUGAGUAUCUGUUCAGUACGGAUAAUUCCCUCUUUGGCUGGCGCGGACUAUGGAACUUUGGUCCUGAUCCCCGGUUCAAUAACAACGCGCAACGGUUAUCCCUGCUAUCGGCUGGUGCAGAGGCCUAUUAUUCUCCCGUAUCAUCAUUAAUAGGCAUGUCGACCGGCCUCAGGUUCUGCACUUUACCAGCGGCCACUUCAUCGACGCCCAACCCCAAUACACCAAUUUCUACCUUCCCAUAUACCCUAACACUCACACUCACUCCGUUGACCGGAUCGCUCUCAACGUCCUACUCCGUACGGGCUUCUCCCAAUCUUUCCUUCAGCUCCCGUUUCGGCUUCAACGUCUACAGCUGGGAAAGCGAAAUGGUGGCAGGGUUCGAACUCUGGCGACAGUCAAGAAAGGCCGCCAUAGUAGACAACGAUGGCCUUGAAUGGGCUCGCAAUAAGGCUCGCAUCUGGGACAUUCCGGCUUCUUCCCAGGUGCCAGAACCAAUCACGCCUAGCGAAGAAGAAACCCAAGAAUCAGUCCUUAAGGUCCGAGUUGAUCAGUCUUGGAAUGUACGCCUUCUCUGGGAAGGCCGAGUUAAGGAGCUCCUUGUGAGCGCUGGUGUCGGGCUUGGACCGAGUUCGUUCUCACCUUCCUCGUAUGCAAAUUCUCAAGCUACGGCAGGUGCGCAGGGGAGCAGUGGAGGCCCUCCGACGUCGUACUGGCGCGGUGUCGGUGUUUCGGUGUCGUAUUCUUCCUAA